AUGGGCUCCAUCCCUUUACCCCUCAUUGGGGCACCCAUUGCCCCCUCUUUCGUCCCCAACCCCAUCUACCCUCCUUCCCUCUGCCCUCCCCCCUUCUCCCCCAGAUCGCUGCCCUACAACAUCAUCAGGGGAUCCAUUGCUGGCGUCACCAAACUGCCCAACCUGCGAUUCCUCUCCUGCCUGCCUCACCGUUCCUCCCCAUUUGUCUCCCAUUCCUCCCCAUUUAUCUCCCAUUCCUCCCCAUUUGUCUCCCAUUCCUCCCCAUUUGUCUCCCAUUCCUCCCCAUUUGUCUCCUUGUCUCCCAUUCCUCCCCAUUUGUCUCCUUGUCUCCCAUUCCUCCCUAUUUCCCCAUGCCUCCCGUCCCCCAGGGACCUGAGCCAAAACAUAAAGCUCGGCAAGCUACCUGGGUCUCUCACAGCCAUGACAGCACGCAAGCACCUGUACGUGCACCCCUCUUCUCUAUGCCUGUACGCCCUCCCUUUUCACUCACACACCCGUAUGCCCACCCCUCUCUCACGCGUGUACGUCCAAUCUGCACCGCACCCCCAACUUGUGACAUGGCCUGAGCAAAACUUCUACACGGGUGAAGUGCCUCCGUCCUUUGGAGGCCUCGUGAAAGGAGGAUUGAUGCGCCUCACCAACAAACCUCUUCUUCUCUCCUCUCCCUUCCUCUCCCCUCUUCUCCCUUCCUCUCCCCUCCUCUCCCUUCCUCUCCCCUCUUCUCCCUUCCUCAUCCCUCCUAGUGGCUUAAGCAACAACUUCUACACAGGAGAAGUGCCACCAACCUUCGGAGGUCUUUCCAAACUCGCCUACCUAUACUUCACUCUCUUUCCCUCUCUCCCUCCUCACACCCACAGGGACCUCUCUGGUUCUCGCGAGGAGGAGGAGGGAAACGACCUGGGGAGCCCUCUGCCUUCGCAGCUCACGAAUCUCAAGGCACUCAAAUCCUUGUCAGUGCUUUCUCCUGCCGCUGCCAUUGCUACUGCGUUCCCUUUCAUGCCUUAG